UUCUGUGUGUGUUGUGUCUUUACAUUAGGAUGAAGAAUCUACAGCUGAUCCAGCAUCAGCCGACAGAGCGUUUUAGCUUCUAUACAACUGCGUUAACAACUGUUGUCAGAGUCCAGGUGUGUGCGUGUGUGUGUGUUCCGGUCUCACCUGUGGCUCUGCAGAGAUGUUGGACGAGGCGGUCGGCCUCGGCGCCGUGACCGUGCUCGGCGUCCUGGAGCAAGCUUACUUCUCUCUCCAGGUGAUUUACGCCAGGAGAAAGUACUCGGUGUCUCCGCCGGCUACGACCGGACCUCCGGAGUUUGAGAGGGUCUUCAGAGCUCAAGCAAACUGUUCAGAGUAUUUCCCGAUCUUCAUCACUGUCCUGUGGACGGCCGGAGUCUUCUUCAGCCAAGGUCUGUCCUCAGUCUGUGGUCUGCUUUAUUUAUACGGACGCCUCCGGUACUUUCAUGGAUACUCACAGUCGGCACAGGGACGUCUGGCUCCUCUGUAUUUCAGCGCUCAGAUUCUCUGGGUUCUGAUCGGGUUCUCGUGUCUCGGCGUCGUCCUCUCCUUCUGCCGGGUUUACCUGAACGUGGACGUUCUGCAGGAGCUCGGCUCCGCCCUCGGCCUGGUCUGAAGAAAAUACAGAAGAAGAGGCGGAGAGGAAACUGUGGUGCUGAGGUCAGAGGUCAGGAGGAGACGGGACCUUUUGUUGUUUUUAUUUGUGAUAAUAAAACACAGUUAUUCCUUGUUAUUCUGUCAUAUUUAUUAAUGUGCAUGUUUCUGCAUGAAGUUUGGUUUGUUAAAGAUGGUCCGCCUGUUACAGCAGCUCUUUCUCACUGUUGACUUGUUCCUACUCUCUAACUUCCUUUUUUUUCAUGUGCAUUUGUGUCUUUUUCUGGUUUAUAUAUCGUCUUGUUUACAUCUUGUUUUGUAUUUACUCAUAUUUAUUUCUUGCUUAUUGAUUUUGCUGCCCCGGCAACGAUGUGAAUUUCCCUGCUGUGGGACUAAUAAAAGAUUAUCUUAUCUUAGUUAUUGAAUUCCUGAAAUAAAAUCACUCGUUCACUCGUC